CGCAUAUCAUCAUCACGGCUCAGGUAGUACACAUUUUAUAUAGCGACAAUGAUUGUUAUAAAAGUAUGUUUUGUUUUAAUUUUUUUAAUCUCCUUUUCAAAAACGGACAACUGCAACUUACCUAAUGAAUUGGUAACAGAAAUUCGGGGUUACAAGGACACCGUUAACAAGAUUAUUGAUGCAGUUACCAAUGGGAAGUACAAGGGACAAACUUACAAGGAGUUAGCUACGUUUGUAGAUAAAUUUGGAGCUAGACAAGCUGGCAGUGAUGUGUUGGAAGAUUCAAUAGAUUAUUUAUUGGAGUUGUUACCUAGUAAAGGAUAUGAUUUAGAAAGUGUACAUGGAGAAAAUGUUACUAUUCCACACUGGGUGCGAGGCGUGGAAUCAGGGCAAAUGAUUAAACCCCGUAUGGCUGACAUUCCAGUACUAGCCCUUGGCGGUUCAAUUUCCACCAAAGAAACGGGAAUAGAAGCGGAUGCGGUUGUUUUUAGAAAUUUUGACGAACUUGAAGCUCAGUCAGCUUCGGUACAAGGAAAAAUUGUAAUUUUUAACAACGAUUUUAAAUCGUAUGGUAUUUCUGUGGCAUACAGGAGUCAAGGACCUAUUCGAGCCGCUAAAUACGGUGCUGUGGCUGUGCUUGUUAGAUCUGUGACACCAUUUUCUAUGAACACAUUACAUACUGGUCAAACCCAAUAUGAUAAAAAUGUCACGAAAAUCCCAGCUGCUUCAAUAACAGUUGAACAUGCACAUUUGUUUCAGAGAUAUCAGGACCGCAACGAAACCAUUCGUCUCAAAUUAAUUCUCCAGUCCACUUUACUAAAUGACAGUUUAUCGAGGAAUACCGUAGCUGAAGUAAAAGGAUCUAAAACACCAGAAAAAGUAGUGUUGGUGUCAGGUCAUCUUGAUAGCUGGGAUGUAGGAGUAGGAGCUAUGGACGAUGGUGGAGGUGCUUUUAUCUCUUGGUACUCGUUGGUGGUCCUAAAGGGUCUUGGUCUUAGACCGAAAAGAACUGUGAGAUCUGUACUUUGGACAGCUGAAGAAAACGGUCUGAUUGGAGUCCAAGAGUAUAAUAACGCCCAUGAACAUGAAUUGGACAAUUUUGUGUUUGUAAUGGAAUCAGAUGAAGGUACUUUCACUCCUUUAGGACUUAACUAUGUCGCUGGUACUACUGGCGGAUGCAUAUUAGAAGAAAUAUUAAAAUUAUUAAGUCCGAUAAAUGCCGCAACUGCCAAACGAUCAGAAGAAGGUGGCGUUGGAUCCGAUAUAACUAUAUGGAAAGAUGUAAUACCUACUGGAAGCCUUUUAAACGAUAAUGGCAAAUAUUUUUGGUUCCAUCACACCAACGCAGACACCAUGGAUGUUUUAGAUCCAAAUGCGUUAGACAAAGCUACAGCUCUUUGGGCAUCUGUAGCUUACGUUAUUGCUGACUUGAAUGAUGAUUUUCCUAGAAGCUUUGCUCGUGCUGAUGGGAAUAUUCAAACUGUAAUUCCUUUCUUUUUAUUAUAUUUAAGUAUAAUGUUAGUUUCAGUUUUAUUGUAAAUUUGUUAAGUUAGUUAAAUACCUGCUUAGUUAGUUACUCGGUUUUUUUACUGGUGCCAAAAAUUAUUAUUAAAAGUUAAAAUUAA